AUGGGAAAGACGAAGAAACCCUCCUCCGCUGCUCCCCGCCACAAACAAGCACAAACCACCGCCAAACCUCUUGAAUCCACCGUCGAUGAUUCUUCUUCGGAAAUCAUAAGAUCAGCGUGCGAACAAGCAUUAAGGGAUGUGAAUAGCAACCCUCAAAAAUCCCUAAAGAGAAUCAAAGACUUGAUUUCCAAACACCCAAACUCCGCCGCCGUCCACCACAGCCAAUCCUUUGUCCAUUUCAAAAUCUACUCUCAAACUUCGAGUUCCUUCUCCACUCUUAAACAGAAAUACCUCAACAACGCCGCUGAUUCAGCCAAGAAAUCCCUAUCUCUGUUUCCCAACUCAAUCACUCUCAAUUAUCUAAAUGCUCGGAUUUUCAUUAAACUGGCUAAAUAUUCUAGUGACUAUCAAAGAAUAAUCGAUCACUGCUGGAAAGCGUUAAAGGCGCUCCCCUCAGGCUUGGGUCCAGGCGAAGACAUUAUAGCUUCCCAACCAGAAAUGGGAGGAAAGAGCCAAGAAUCAAGAAUUCAGAGACUGAAACAAGUAUUACUCGACGUGAUGGAUAAAGCCAAGAUUGAGUCGUUAUUGAUCGGUAAAGGUGUGAGCGAGAAGAUGAAGGAGAGUGCCUGUCUUACGAUUAAGGCCAGGGUUCCGAAAGAUGAGAAGUUGCCUUGUGAAUAUGAAAGAAAUGAGAAAAGGAAAUUCAUUAAAAACGAAAUUAAGAUCUUGAGGGAUUGCGAAAAAAGGCUUUGUUCUGGUUUUGUUGUUAAAGAUCCCCAAAGCAUUCUGAACAAAGUAAAGGCGGAUUCCGGCAACAUAACCAUUGUUUCGAACUACUGGAAGGAAAUGAGUAGUGAAAAGAGAAAAGGAUUACUACAAGUGAGUAUUGAUGAGAUUGCUGGCUAUUACAAGAAGCAUGAUCGAUUAGUGGCGGACUAUUUGUUGGAGGCUGUAGACUUUGCAAGGAAGACGAACAAGUGGAAGUGUUUGAAAUGUUUUUCAUGUGCAUUGUUCUUUUUUGAAUGGGAGGAGUUGCGCAGUCAUGUUUUCUUGAAGCAUCUUGGGGGUUUAUCAGAGCAGCAAAUGGAACUUGUUCCCUUUGGAUUGGAAGAUAGCUAUGUUGAGGAGAUUGAAAAUGGCGUGUGGAAACCUGUGGAUGUAGAUAACAUGGCACAAGAAUUGUCGACAUUCAAACAUUGCAAAAACGAUGUGUACCAAGAAAAGUGUAAGAUUUAUAGCGAUCAGAAGAAGUGGAUGUUCUGUGAUGAUGCUGAGCGUCAAGAGUUGUUGAAGAAAAUUCAUCGAUUGCUCAAAUUGUUCUUGAAGAAUCAGUGCCUGGCACCGCGAAUCUUGUCAUGGAUGUGGGACUAUACUAUUCAGGAGUUAGAAGAGAGCAUGGAGCUAGGAUUUCAGGAUUUGGUUCCUAUCCUAGAACAAACGCAAACACCCCUGUCUAUUUGCUUUUUAUGGCUUGAGCAACUUGAGGUGGUGUUUGACUUUUUGGAACAGCUGUCUAAUGACUGUGAUUUAGAGGAGAAUAUCUCGGAUGAUGGAGGAGAUAGCAAAGAUGAAUUUUGUGAUUAUGAGCCCAUUCAUUUUAACAGCGACUCUUCAUGCCUCAUAUUGGAUAAGAAAUUCAUCAGAUCAAUGCUCGAUGCAGGAGAGCAUAGUGACGUUGUUGCAGAUGAGGGAACUACAGUGAUUCCUUUUGUUGAUGACCCUGAAAAGGAUAUCCAGUUUGAUCGUUACAAAUUUGUGAAUUGGUUGUUUGUGAGUGAUAAGAUUCAGGAGCUGCUAUAUUCAUGGAUAAAUCUCAGAAAACUUGAUAAAGAACUAGCGGGGAUGGUUUUCCAAUUUGUUGAGACAGAUUUUAGUUUAUUAAAAUACUUCUGCGAAAGAAAAUGCGGGUUGUUAGAGUACCAAGAAACGUUUACUGAUGUUGAGAAUAUAUGCCUAGAAGAAUAUAAGAGGAGGGAGGAAAUAUCGGAGUACAAAGAACAAAAUUUCGCAUCCCUGUUGGUUGAACGGCAAGAUGAGCUUGUUGAUGCUCAGUCUGAUAUCAUAGGGAAUGAGCAUGCGUGUAUAUUGAAUGUUCUGAGAUUUGCGCAAUAUGUUGGUCAUAAAAAGUUCGGACUUGAUGAAACACUGAUCAGCACUUACACUCAGUUCCCCGAUUUGGAAUGCCAUGAGGAUAAGGCGAAUCGAGAUAUACUGGUAGAUGUUUGUGUCAAAGAAGCAAUAAAGAUGGAGAAACAAAAUGUGGUUAGAGAGUUCUGCGAAAAUGAUGUUUUAAUCAUGAAGAACGUUGCUAGCAUAAAGAGGAUGGAGCCGAAAUUUGUGUUGGUAUCUGCCCUUGACUAUCAAUUCAUUUUGUUCUAUAUGGUGAAGUCAUUUAUACGGGCACAUCUUGAGGAUCUUGCUAACAAAGAUGCUGUGAAGAAGGAUCUUGCUAACAAAGAUGCUAUGAAGAAGGCCAAUGAUGCAGAAAUGCUUUUAGCAUUGGCUGAUCUAGCUCCUGAACCCAGCAAGAAUAUAACCAAAGGAAGUGAUAAUUCGAGAAAAACACGAAAGAAAUCUAAACUUAAAAAGCACAAAAAUCAAGGGAAGGCCAUGGAUGAUGAGGGAGCUGGUGUAAGCCAGGAGCACCUUCCUCUGGAGAAGGAAAAUGCAGAAAAAGUCUGCCAUUCUAUUGCAUCUGAUGGUGGUUAUUCAGAUUUUGGCAUUGUUGUUUCCACAAGCACCGAAGAUUUGAAACAAAUGGAAGAUGAACAUAGAAGCAAGAUUGGUUCUAAGGUGCCUCAGAAAUCAUUCUUGAAAGAGGAAGAAUCUGGGAAAUCACCGAGUGGCUCUGGCAUAUUUGGUGUUGUACUGAAAAAUGAUAUUGGCGAAAAUAAUUGCUUUCUAAACGUGAUCAUACAGUGCUUAUGGAAUAUACAACUGGUUCGGAAUGAGUUGUGCAGCAUAACAGAUUCAGGACAUGAGCAUAUUGGAGAUCCCUGCAUUGUUUGUGAACUAGCUGAGAUAUUUGGUGAACUAAGUGAGGCAUCUACUUGUACUAGGAGAGAAAUUGUAUCUACAACCUCCUUAAGACUUGCCAUAAGCAAAUGCUUCGCUCAUAGGGAUAGCUUUCAGGAGGGACAAAUGAACGAUGCGGAUGAGGUUCUGCAAAAUAUUCUUGUUAUUCUUCAUCAGUCCUUUACCAGUUGCCCAGCCCCAGAUGCCUCAUCUGAAUCAGAGAAAAGCAAGCGGGUAGACUGUCAGCAGUGGACAAGCAAUAAAUGUUUAGCUCAUAGACUUUUUGGUUUGGACAUUUAUGGGUACUGUGACAGCUGUGGUCUGGAGUGGAGGCAUCAAACGUUUUCUGAUUUUUCUCACUAUAUACGUUCAAGUCAGCUUAGAGAAAAAAAGGCAAACAAAAAUCAAGCUAGCUCCUUUGAUGAACUUAUGAAGCUGAUGCUAAUGGAUGAUUGCUUAACUUGCAAUCGAGAUGCUGGAGGCUGUGGAAAAUCUAACCGAAUCCAAUUCAUUCUUCGAACACCUCCCCAAGUCUUUGUUUGCGUUCUCAGUACGCAGACUGCACGUGAGAGAAGAGAAGAUAUAAGAGAUACUUUAACAGCUUUGGAUACUGAAGUAGAUAUCGGUGAUGUAUUUAUAGGUCAAGGACCAGGGAACGGAUAUUGCCUUACUUCAAUGGUUUGCUAUGAUGAGCUACACUAUGUCUGCUUUUGUUAUAGUCAUGAGGGUAAAAGAUGGACCAUGUAUGAUGGUGUGCAUGUGGAGGUCAUUGGGUUUUGGCAUAAUCUCCUCGACAAGUGUGUAGAUGAGCUCUUGCAGCCACAGAUUCUUUUCUUUGAAGCUGGCAUUAUAAAGUGUCCACAAUUUGAUGAUCUCAGAAAACUUAGUGGGAGUUCUGGCAUGCUAUGCAAUCUAGGAGUUGGGGAAGUGAAGCAAGCUGAAGAUGUUCCUCAAGAGAGUACGCUGCAUAAUGAUUGGCAAACUGCAAAGGAUGAAGGUGGGAAUUUGCAAAGUCAUGUUCAAAAUGAAAUGAAAUUUUUACGUCAGGAUAAAUUUCAAGAUGCAUGUCGAGUGCAAAAGCAUGUUCCCUUGGAGAUGGAUCAAAAGUUACUUCAAAAUUUAUUCUUGAAAGGGGAAGAAACUGGAAAAUGUCCAACUGAUUCCAAGUUUGAUUACAUGGAUGGAUCUGAAAUAUUGGGUUCUGGGCUGAAAAAUGAUAUCGGCAAAAACUAUAGCUCCUUAAAUGUGAUUAUACAGUCCUUAUGGCAUAUACCACAGUUUCGGAAUGAGUUAGCUUGUAAAACAGCUCCAGAACAUAAGCAUGUUGGAGAUCCUUGCAUUCUCUGUGGAUUAGCUGAGAUAUUUGAUAAACUAAGUGCAGCAAUUAUAAAUCCUAGCAGAGAAAUUAUUUAUCCAACCUCCUUAAGCAUUGCCAUUGACAAAUUGUCCCCUUGUGGAGAUCUCUUCCAGAAGGAAAAAAUGAACAACGCUUUUGAAGUGCUAUGGAUUAUUCUUGAUUCUCUUCAUCAUUCCCUCACCAGUGUUGAAGAUUUCUCUCUACCUGAAUCAGAGAAAAAUUGUGUAGGAUCUUUGGAGUGCACAACUGACACUUGCCUGGUUCAUACACUCUUUGGUAUGACAGUUUAUAAAAGCAUGAAUUAUGACAGCUGUGGUCUGGAGUCGAGACAACAAAAGCAUACCUUUUUCUUUCACACCAUAUCCGCAUUUGAACUCAGAAAAAAGGUUUCAACUCUGAUUAGGCAGGGAACUAGCUCAUUUGAUGAGCUUUUGAAGCCCAAGCUGGUGGAUUAUCAUUUAAAUUUGGAAACAGAUGCCGAUGGAUGUAGAGAAAACCAUUUCAAAUACUUUCUUCAAACACCUUCCCAUGUGUUCACCAGUGUUCUAGAGUGGACAACUAUAUGGGUUGCUAGAGAAGAUAUCAGAGAAACUUUAGCAGCUCUUGCAACUGAAAUAGACAUUGGCAUUCUUUAUCAAGGUUUAGGAAAAGGAAAAAAAUACCGCCUGGUUUCAGUGGUUUGCUAUCGUGGGCUACUCUACUCGUGCUUCAUUUACAGCGAUGAGUGCAAGAGGUGGAUGAUGUAUGAUGACACACAUGUGGAGGUCAUUGGGAGUUGGGAUUGUCUCUGUAAAAAGUGUGAAGAAAAGCAUUUCCAGCCACGAAUUCUUUUCUUUGUAGAGAGUGAACCAACUGAGAUAGAUAAAAAUAUGCCUCCGAAAUCAUUCUUUGAAGAGGAAGAAUCUGGGAAAUCACAGAGUGCUUCAAAGGUCAACUAUGAGGAUAGAUCUGGCAUAUCUGGUGCUGGACUAAAAAAUGAUAUUGGUGAAAAUAGUUGCUUUUUAAACGCGAUCAUACAGUGCUUAUGGAAUGUACAGCUGGUUCGGAAUGAGUUGUGCAGCAUAACAGAUUCAGGACAUGAGCAUGUUGGAGAUCCCUGCAUUGUUUGUGGAUUAGCUGAGGUAUUUGGUGAAUUAAGUGAGGCAUCUACUUGUACUAAAAGACAGAUUGUUUCUACAGCCUCCUUAAGACUUGCCAUCAGCAAAAACUCCCCUCGUGGGAAUAGCUUUCAGGAGGGACAAAUGAACGAUGCGGAUGAGGUUCUGCAAAAUAUUCUUGUUAUUCUUCAUCAGUCCUUUACCAGUUGCCCAGCCCCAGAUGCCUCAUCUGAAUCAGAGAAAAGCAAGCGGGUAGACUGUCAGCAGUGGACAAGCAAUAAAUGUUUAGCUCAUAGACUUUUUGGUUUGGACAUUUAUGGGUACUGUGACAGCUGUGGUCUGGAGUGGAGGCAUCAAACGUUUUCUGAUUUUUCUCACUAUAUACGUUCAAGUCAGCUUAGAGAAAAAAAGGCAAUCAAAAAUCAAGCUAGCUCCUUCGAUGAACUUAUGAAGCUGAUGUUAAUGGAUGAUUGCUCAACUUGCAAUCGAGAUGCUGGAGGCUGUGGAAAACAUAACCGUAUCCAAUUCAUUCUUCGAACACCUCCCCUUGUCUUCAUUUGUGUUAUUGUGCAGACUGCACAUGAGAGUAGAGAGGAUACAAGGAAAACUUUAACAGCUCUGGGUACUGAGUUAGAUAUCGGUGUUGUAUAUCAAGGUUUAGGACCGGCGAAAAAGUACUGCCUGGUUUCAGUGGUCUGCUAUCAUCACCAACACUAUGUUUGCUUUAGUUACAGUCAUGAGCAUAAGAGAUGGACCAUGUUUAACGAUGCUAAUGUUGAGGUCGUUGGGUGUUGGGAUGAUCUCCUAAGCAAGUGUUCACAUGAGCAGUUUCAACCGCAGAUUCUUUGCUUUGAAGCUGUACAAUAGAGUAACUUUGAGGAAACUUGGUCGCCCCAUUGUAGCACUGCUUAUCCUGGAAUAGUUCAUUUUCGUGCUGUUACAACAGAUGUUGGGAAAUCAGGCAUAUAUUGACAUGGAAGAACCCUAGAUUGAGUUUCCUGACUGACCCUUCAUCAUUUCAUGUCCUUGUUGAGGAUUUUCCUAAGAAUGCCAGAGUAGCUGUGAAGCAUGAUUUGUAAUGGAAGUUCUACCUUUGGCAAUGAAAUGAUAACGAUGAACACAGUUUUAGUAAUGUGAAGGCAUCUCAUGGAUGAUCCAUAUUUGGCACGCAAAUGUAGCAAAUAUUAAGGUUUCCACGCCUUUUAUAUCUUUGUACCAGUCCUUCUGGAACAUGAUUGCAUGCCCAUGAAUGCAAGUCAUAUAAACUGUGC